UUGGGAGGGAGAAGACAGACUCUGUUGUGUCAGGUCCCUCUGCGUGUGUGCAAGAGCAGUCAGAGCCCCAGCAAGCAGAGAGGAAAAGCCAGGGGGAGAGGGGGGAGAGGGGAUCUGUUGCAGGCAGGGGAAGGCGUGACCUGAAUGGAGAAUGCCAGCCAAUUCCAGAGACACACAGGGACGUCAGAACAAAGAUAAGGCAUCGCUGACACCACACCGGGAACAAGCUCACAGACAAGUCAGCCCUGAGAGACCAAAAUCAGGCAGCCAGGAGGACGUGAGUCAAGAAAAUGAGGUGGCUCCUUCUCUGUCAUGCCCUGUGCUUCUCCCUGAUGAAAGCUUCAGCCCACACUGUGGAGCUAAAUGAUAUGUUCGGCCAGAUCCAGUCACCUGGCUAUCCUGAUUCCUAUCCAAGUGACUCAGAGGUGACAUGGAAUAUCACGGUGCCAGAGGGGUUUCGUAUCAAACUUUACUUCAUGCACUUCAACUUGGAAUCCUCCUACCUUUGUGAAUAUGACUAUGUGAAGGUAGAAACUGAAGAUCAGGUGCUGGCGACAUUCUGUGGCAGGGAGACCACAGACACAGAGCAGACCCCUGGCCAGGAAGUGGUCCUUUCCCCGGGCUCCUUCAUGUCCAUCACUUUCCGGUCAGAUUUCUCCAACGAGGAACGAUUCACGGGGUUUGAUGCGCACUACAUGGCUGUGGAUGUGGAUGAAUGCAAGGAUCGAGAAGACGAGGAGCUGUCCUGUGAUCACUACUGCCACAACUACAUCGGCGGCUACUACUGCUCCUGCCGUUUCGGCUACAUCCUGCACACAGACAACAGAACCUGUCGAGUGGAGUGCAGCGACAACCUUUUCACCCAGAGGACCGGUGUCAUCACCAGCCCUGAUUAUCCCAACCCUUAUCCCAAGAGCUCCGAAUGCUUCUACACCAUUGAGCUAGAGGAGGGUUUCAUGAUCAGCCUGCAGUUUGAAGACAUUUUCGAUAUUGAAGACCAUCCUGAGGUGCCUUGCCCCUAUGAUUACAUCAAGAUUAAAGUGGGUGAAAAUGUCUGGGGACCCUACUGUGGAGAGAAAGCCCCAGAAGCCAUCAGCACCCAGAGCCACAGUGUCCAGAUUCUGUUCCGCAGUGACAACUCAGGAGAGAACCGGGGCUGGAAGCUCUCAUACAGAGCUGCAGGAAACGAGUGCUCAGAACUACAGCCUCCCAUCCAGGGGAAAAUUGAGCCCUUGCAAACCACAUAUUUCUUCAAAGACCAAGUGCUCAUCAGCUGUGACACAGGCUACAAAGUGCUGAAGGAUGACAUAGAGAUGGAUACUUUCCAGAUCGAGUGUCUGAAGGACGGGACGUGGAGUAACAAGAUUCCUAUCUGCAAAAUGGUAGACUGUGGAGUCCCAGCUGCACUGGAGCAUGGGCUAAUCACCUUCUUCACAAGUAAUAACCUUACUACAUACAAAUCUGAGAUCAGAUACACGUGCCAGGAGCCCUAUUACAAAAUGCUGCAGAAUAUCACAGGUUUGUAUACCUGCUCGGCCCAAGGUAUCUGGAUAAAUGAAGCGCUGGGGAAAAGGCUGCCCACUUGCCUUCCAGUGUGUGGCCAACCCUCCCGCUCCCUGCCAAACCUGGUCAAGCGGAUCAUUGGGGGUCGGAAUGCUGAGCCUGGCCUUUUCCCAUGGCAAGCCCUGAUAGUGGUGGAGGACACCUCACGGGUCCCAAAUGACAAGUGGUUUGGGAGUGGGGCUCUGCUCUCUGAGUCUUGGAUCCUCACUGCAGCUCAUGUGCUACGCUCACAGCGCAGGGACAACACGGUGAUACCAGUCUCCAAGGAGCACGUCACAGUCUACCUGGGGCUGCACGACGUGAGGGACAAAUCAGGAGCUGUCAACAGUUCAGCUGCCAUGGUGCUGCUCCACCCAGACUUCAAUAUCCAAAACUAUAACCAUGACAUAGCUCUGGUGCAGCUGCAGGAUCCUGUGCCCCUGGGACCCCGUGUCAUGCCCAUCUGCUUGCCAAGGCCAGAGCCCCAAGGCCCAGCCCCCCACAUGCUGGGCCUGGUAGCGGGCUGGGGUAUUUCCAAUCCCAAUGUGACAGUGGAUGAGAUCAUCAGCAGUGGCACACGGACCUUGUCAGAUGUCCUACAGUACGUCAAGUUGCCUGUGGUGCCACAGGCCGAGUGCAAAACCAGCUAUGAGUCCCGUUCAGGCAACUACAGUGUCACCGAGAACAUGUUCUGUGCUGGCUAUUAUGAAGGUGGUAAGGACACGUGCCUUGGAGAUAGUGGUGGAGCCUUUGCCAUCUUUGAUGACUUGAGUCAGCACUGGGUAGCCCAAGGCCUGGUGUCCUGGGGAGGCCCUGAAGAGUGUGGCAGCAAGCAAGUCUAUGGUGUCUACACCAAAGUUGCCAACUAUGUGGACUGGGUUUGGGAGCAGAUGGGCUCCAUGCAGGGUCUGGGGGAGCUCCGGGUGGAGCGGUGAGCGGAUUCUUAACCUCAGAGCCUGUCUGUAUCCUGGCCCAGCCCAGGGGAGGCUGCACCACACACUUCCAACCGCACACUCCAUGUUAUUGACCAGACCAAAGGAUAUGGCACACACUGACUUACUGGGGAGCCCAUCUUCCCAAGACAGCCCCUGGGACCCUGAAAAGGCAGUGAUGUGGAAGAAGGAAAAGGCUCUAGGCAAGAGACCUGCAUCUGUGACCUCAGCCAAGUUCUCUCCCCUCUCAGCACCUCACUCUCCCUAGUCAUGUAAUGAGGAAGCUGGACUAGAAAGCCUCUGGGCCAAUCCAAGCACUCCUCUCCUGCCUGGGUUUUAUACCAGUGGCAUUGUGCACCCCAAUCACUUACCAAAUCUAUUGGUCCCAUGAUUGGCACAACUGAGUUUGAAUCCAAUGAUCAGAAAUAUAUCCUUACUUUGAACUAAACUUUGCAACCCUGUAUUUCCCCCAGAUCUUCCCUCUAGGGGAAAUAAUUCUAUCCCUUCUGCUAAAAAAAAGUACCAUUCAGGAUUGGGGACACAUGGACCACAACCUGGUACCCCUUCUCUUUUAGGCUAAUUCCUCAGGAAACUUUUAUCCCUGGGAUUUGAUCCCCAAAAGUUUCUUGCACUCUAAGUCCUCUCCUUUAAGUUAUUAAGGGAACUUCAAAAGACAAAGAAUAGCCUCAAAGAUUUAUAUUGAUUAGGGGAGAAAAGCAGCAGUAAAGUCUGCUCAACCCUCUUAAAUCCCUACUGCUGAUUAAGAAUACCUGAUUUGGGCCCAUUCGCCUUUAUCAAAUGCCAGCUGACAUCACAGGGCAUCUCACCUGCUACUUGAGACAAGCGUGAAGCCUUACCCCAGCUUUGACAUGUAUCACCUGAAAAGGCAACCUGAACCCCAACGCCACCGAUUACUUGGGACAAGAGAAGCCCCACACUGCCUCCUGCUAUGCUCUAGGCGGCAACAUGGAAGAAAGGAUGGGAUCAAGACAGCAUGAGUUGCUCAAAUCUCACAAGGCUGCGCAGCACCCAUGGUGUGUGAGAAGAUUAGAGAGUGCACCUGAAAGUGUGUUCUAAGAGGUUCACACCCUGAUUUCCAGAGGCCAGAGGUCAAGGCAAGACAAGCUCCAUGUGCUACAAGCAAGGAAAAGAAGUUCCAGUCCCACAUUUAACUGCUGUAUAAUCUUUUGACAAACCAUUUUCCUUCCCUGAGUCUCCAUUUCCCUGUCUAUAAAAGGAAAGCCUCGGAACUCCUCCAAGUCCUUCUGACUGUGGUGGCUCCACCCGUGACCAACAGCUCCUGCUUUGAUGGUCCUAAUGGUCCUGUUUCUGCCCUGAGACUCUAAGAAGGACAACCAGAGAAGCCCUUAAGUAGGAUUCCAAGAGAAUAUACCAGCAAUUGUCCACACUUCCAAUUGGCUCAUCAAAACACAGUACACUCCUAUGUCUAUGGUGCAUGUAGAUGUGAUGUUUUAUAUAUUUUGUAUCACAUCCUUCACUACUCUGUACAGGGCCUCUGUAAUGUUUCUCCUAUCAGGGGUCUAAAGAGGAAAUAAACCCUCUGUGGAUAA